CUUACCAAAACUAGCUGCAACCCUGCCAAUAACACUCAUCUUUCAUUGUCUCACUCUCACAAUGAUACCCUUAAUCUCCAUGGCUACUUCUUCAUCUUCUGUAAAUUUCUUCUUCUUCUUCCUCUUUCUCUUCACCCAUUCAUUCUUUUGCUUUUCUCAACAAAACCCAGAAAUUCAAGCACUUCAAUCCUUCAAACUUAGUAUUCAUGACCCACUUGGAGCACUCACAAGUUGGGAUUCUACAUCUCCUUCUGCUCCAUGCGAUUGGCGAGGAAUUUUUUGUUCAAAUGAUUCCUAUGUGAGUGAAAUUCGUCUUCCACAUUUACAGCUUAGUGGAUCUCUCACUACCCAGAUUUCUGAUUUGCGUAUGUUGCGUAAGAUUAGUCUUCGUUCAAAUUUCUUUAAUGGAACUAUACCUGCUUCAAUCUCCAAAUGCAAACUUCUGGAUACUGUUUUCUUACAGUAUAACUCUUUUUCCGGUGAAAUCCCGCCGGAGAUUAUGAAUUUGACUGAGCUUGAAACGUUUAAUGUGGCUGGAAAUCAGAUGUAUGGUGAAAUACCCAGUGAGUUGCCGGUGAAUCUGAGGUAUUUUGAUGUCUCGGAGAAUUUGUUUUCCGGUGGUAUACCGGAGAAAAUAUCGGACCUUUCUCAGGUUAUUCUGCUUAAUCUGUCGUACAAUCGAUUCUCCGGUGAUAUUCGGGCGAGUUUUGGUAGGCUUCAACAACUUCAGUAUCUUAUGCUUGACUACAAUGAGUUAGAAGGAACAGUUCCUUCUGCAAUUUCGAACUGUUCGUCGUUGGUGCAUUUGAGUGCUGAAGGGAAUGGUAUUACUGGUGUUAUACCGGCGGGGAUUGCUGCUCUUCCGAAGAUUCAGGUGAUAAAUUUAUCGCAUAAUAAGCUUUCUGGAUACUUAGCAACUUCAUUUUUCUGCAAUGGUUCUGUGUAUCCUCCUUCCCUUCAGAUUGUUCAGUUGGGUUUCAAUGCCUUCGCUGAGAUUCUUCACCCACAAUCGUCUAGAUGUUUUAGUUCAUUGCGAGUUUUGGAUAUUCAACACAAUCAGAUACAUGGAGAUUUCCCUUUUUUCUUGACAGACAAUUCUGCAUUGUCGUCCUUGGACUUGUCAGGGAAUUUGUUUUCGGGUACAAUCCCGAGUUCCAUUGGGAAUUUGUUGAGGUUGGAGCAACUGAGAAUUGGAAAUAAUUCAUUCGAAGGUGAUAUACCGGUUGGGAUAACGAAAUGUAGUAGUUUGAAUGUUCUUGAUCUUGAAGGGAACAGAUUCAUAGGGGAAAUUCCAGCUUUUAUAGGUGAUCUUAAAAGCUUGAAGAUUUUGUUCAUGGGAAGAAAUCAGUUUUCGGGUUCAAUCCCUUCUAGUUUUAGCAAUAUCACUAGUCUUGAAAGUUUGAAUUUGGAAGGAAACCGUCUUACGGGAAGCUUGCCUGAGGAGUUGAUGUUUUUGAGCAAUUUAAGCACAUUGAAUCUUAGUGGGAACAAGUUUUCAGGUAGUAUUCCCGUUGGUAUUGAGAACCUUCAGCAGUUAUCGGUUCUAAAUCUGAGUAAGAAUGGCUUCUCAGGGACUAUCCCGUCUAGCAUUGGAACUUUGUAUAAGCUGGUAGCUCUUGAUUUGAGUCGACAGAAUUUAUCAGGCGAAUUGCCAUCUGUUCUUGGUGGUUUGCCUAGUUUACAAGUGAUUGCUUUGCAAGAAAACAACUUGUCUGGAAAUGUUCCUGAAGGUUUUAGUAGCUUAAUGGGUUUGCAGUUCUUGAAUCUAUCUUCCAAUUCAUUUUCAGGUCAUAUACCGUCUACGUUUGGGUUCUUGACAUCGUUAGUUGUCCUCUCGUUGUCUAAGAAUCACAUAUCUGGUUCAAUACCUCCUGACUUGGGUAAUAACACUGCUCUGAAGAUUUUAAAUCUGAGGUCAAAUUCAUUGAGUGGCCAAAUUCCUUCUGAUCUUGCACGUCUCUCCCGUUUGAGUGUGUUGGAUUUGGGUAGAAAUACCCUGACAGGUGAAAUUCCAGAAGUUAUUUCCAAUUGUUCAUCCCUCACAUCAGUUGUGCUGGACACGAACCAUCUUUCGGGAAACAUUCCAGCAUCACUCUCCAGCUUAUCAAGCUUAAUUACCAUUGACCUCUCCGGAAACAACUUGAGUGGAAAAAUCCCAGAAAAUCUUACAGUGCUCCCAAAGUUGGUGAACUUCAAUGUAUCGAACAAUAAGUUGGAAGGCCAGAUACCAGUGAAGCUCGGUUCUCAUUUUAACGAUCCAUCGGAUUUCAGUGGCAACCAGGGUUUGUGUGGGGAGCCAUUGAAUAGAAAAUGUGAGCGAACUGGUAAUGGUAAGAAUAGACUGAUUAUGUUUAUUGCAGUGUCUGCUAGUGGAGGUCUUCUCCUUGCAUCAUGCUGCUGUUUUUACAUAUACGCCUUGCUGAGAUGGCGUAGGAAGCUCAAAGAAAAAACAGCUGGAGAGAAGAAGCAUAGCCCUGCAAGGGUUAGUUCGAGGACCAGUGGUUCUCGUGGCAGUGGCAACAAUGCUGGGCCAAAACUUGUUAUGUUCAAUAACAGAAUUACAGUCGCUGAAACAAUCGAAGCAACUAGGGAAUUUGAUGAGGAAAAUGUUCUUAGCAGAACACGCCACGGAGUCCUAUUCAAGGCAUGUUACAGUGAUGGAAUGUUGCUCUCGAUCUGUAGACUACCAGAUGGAUCACUAGAUGAAAACACAUUCAGAAAAGAGGCUGAAUCGCUUGGCAGAGUGAAGCACAGAAACCUAACUGUUCUACGCGGGUACUAUGCUGGCCCUCCAGACCUUAGACUACUUGCAUAUGAUUACAUGCCAAACGGGAACCUUGCAACACUCCUUCAAGAAGCAUCUCAUCAAGAUGGUGGUCAUGUUCUCAAUUGGCCAAUGCGACACCUCGUUGCACUUGGCAUUGCCCGUGGGCUUGCUUUCCUCCACGCAGCCUCUAUUAUUCACGGAGAUGUUAAACCACAAAAUGUACUGUUUGAUGCAGACUUUGAAGCCCAUCUUUCAGACUUCGGCUUAGACAAGCUUACUGUAGCCACACCAGUCGAACCUUCCUCUUCAACAUCAGUUGGGACUAUAGGCUAUGUGGCGCCAGAAGCAACAUUAACAGGAGAAGCCACAAGGCAAUCAGAUAUUUAUAGCUUUGGCAUUGUAUUACUGGAACUGCUAACAGGGAAAAAGUCGUUAAUGUUCUCGCAGGAUGAGGACAUUGUGAAAUGGGUAAAGAGGCAAUUACAGAGAGGGCAAAUUUCAGAAUUGUUAGAGCCAGGAUUGCUUGAACUGGACCCUGAAUCAUCAGAAUGGGAAGAGUUUUUAUUAGGAGUAAAAGUAGGCUUGCUUUGCACAGCACCGGACCCCCUUGAUCGUCCCACCAUGACCGACACUGUGUUCAUGCUCGAAGGUUGUCGUGUUGAUCAAAUUUCACUCUCCUGAAGAACCACGACCGGCAAUGGUGACACGUAAAACCCAAGGUCUCAUCCUAAUUCUUUGCCCUUCCUAUUGACUCUUUGAUUUUUUGAGGAGUUGCAUUGCAAUGCAACAAUUGCUAGCACUAGAACUUAAGUUUUUUGUUUAAGGAAAAGAACAAAAAGAAAAUAUUCUCAAUUUUUUUUAGCUAU